AUGAAGAAGUUUAAUUUCCGAAAAGUUUUGGAUGGCUUAACGGCCUCAUCCCCUGGCAGCAGCAGUGGCAGUAACAGUGGUGGUGGGGCUGGAAGUGGUUCCACACAUCCGACAGGGACUGCAGGGAUUCUCAGAGAGGAGAUUCAGGAAACCUUGACUUCAGACUAUUUCCAGAUUUGUAAGACAGUUCGGCAUGGUUUUCCUUAUCAGCCCACCACAUUAGCCUUUGAUCCAGUUCAGAAAAUCUUGGCUAUUGGGACGAGAACUGGUGCUAUACGAAUACUUGGAAGACCUGGUGUUGAUUGUUAUUGUCAACAUGAAAGUGGUGCGGCUGUCCUGCAACUCCAAUUCUUGAUCAAUGAGGGUGCUUUGGUCAGUGCAAGUUCAGAUGAUACACUUCAUUUGUGGAACCUUAGACAAAAAAAGCCAGCUAUUCUUCAUUCUCUCAAAUUUAACAGAGAACGAAUUACUUACUGUCAUCUACCUUUCCAGAGUAAAUGGCUCUAUGUUGGAACAGAAAGAGGAAAUACACAUAUUGUAAAUAUUGAAUCUUUCAUUCUUUCUGGAUAUGUUAUCAUGUGGAACAAGGCAAUUGAACUAUCCACAAAGACUCAUCCAGGUCCAGUUGUGCAUUUAAGUGAUAGUCCAAGAGAUGAAGGGAAAUUGCUAAUAGGUUAUGAAAAUGGUACUGUAGUUUUCUGGGACUUGAAAUCUAAAAGAGCAGAACUGAGAGUUUACUAUGAUGAGGCUAUUCAUUCAAUUGACUGGCAUCAUGAGGGCAAACAGUUCAUGUGCAGCCAUUCAGAUGGUAGCUUGACUUUAUGGAACCUGAAAAGCCCAAGUCGUCCUUUCCAGACCACAGUUCCACAUGGAAAAAGUCAAAGAGAAGGAAGAAAACCUGAAUCUUGCAAACCAAUUCUUAAAGUAGAAUACAAGACUUGUAGAAACAGUGAACCAUUCAUAAUAUUUUCUGGUGGAUUGUCCUAUGACAAAGCUUGCAGAAGACCAAGUUUAACUAUCAUGCAUGGAAAAGCAAUUACAGUGCUUGAAAUGGAUCAUCCUAUUGUUGAAUUUCUAACUUUAUGUGAAACACCCUAUCCAAAUGAAUUUCAAGAACCUUAUGCUGUUGCAGUACUCCUGGAGAAAGAUCUCAUUGUAGUUGAUCUGACACAAAGCAACUUUCCAGUCUUUGAAAAUCCAUAUCCCAUGGACAUUCAUGAAUCACCAGUUACGUGCACAGCAUAUUUUGCUGAUUGCCCACCAGAUUUGAUUCUAGUGCUCUACUCUAUAGGAGUCAAGCAUAAAAAACAAGGAUACAGUAAUAAGGAGUGGCCAAUCAGUGGAGGAGCUUGGAACCUUGGCACACAAACAUAUCCAGAAAUCAUUAUUACUGGGCAUGCAGAUGGAUCAAUUAAGUUUUGGGAUGCAUCUGCAAUAACUCUGCAGAUGCUAUACAAGCUAAAAACUUCAAAAGUGUUUGAAAAACAGAAGGUAGGAGAAGGAAAACAAACAUGUGAGAUUGUAGAGGAAGACCCAUAUGCCAUUCAGAUGAUCUACUGGUGUCCAGAGAGCAGAAUAUUCUGUGUAUCAGGAGUCUCUGCAUAUGUCAUAAUUUAUAAAUUCAGCAGACAUGAAAUUACAACAGAAAUAGUGUCAUUAGAGGUACGACUGCAGUAUGAUAUUGAAGAUAUUAUUACCCCAGAACCAGAAACAAGUCCUCCAUUUCCAGAUCUUUCAUCCCAACUUCCUUCAAGGAGUCUUUCUGGAAGCACUAACACUGUGGCUAGUGAAGGAGUAACAAAGGACAGUAUCCCAUGCCUCAAUGUUAAGACACGACCAGUGCGGAUGCCUCCAGGAUAUCAAGCAGAACUUGUUAUUCAGUUGGUGUGGGUGGAUGGUGAACCUCCACAACAGAUUACUAGCCUUGCUGUGAGCUCGGCGUAUGGAAUAGUUGCAUUUGGGAACUGCAAUGGGUUGGCUGUGGUGGAUUUUAUACAGAAGACUGUACUGUUAAGCAUGGGGACCAUUGACCUGUAUAGAUCAAGUGACAUAUACCAACGACAACCACGGUCUCCUCGAAAAAACAAGCAGUUCAUUGCAGACAACUUUUGCAUGCGUGGCCUGUCUAACUUUUAUCCUGAUUUAACGAAACGGAUCCGUACUUCCUAUCAGAGCUUAACUGAGUUGAAUGACAGUCCAGUUCCCCAGGAACUUGAGCGCUGCAAGUCUCCUACUUCAGACCAUGUAAAUGGACACUGCACAAGUCCCACUUCUCAGAGCUGCAGUUCUGGAAAACGACUUUCCAGUGCUGAUGUUUCAAAAAUAAAUCGCUGGGGUCCUGGAAGACCACCAUUUCGAAAAGCACAGUCAGCUGCUUGCAUGGAGAUUUCUUUGCCAGUUACAACAGAAGAAAGUCGAGAAAAUUCCUAUAAUCGUUCUAGAAGCUCUAGCAUCUCCAGCAUUGACAAAGAUUCUAAAGAAGCGAUUACAGCACUAUACUUCAUGGAAUCCUUUGCUCGGAAAAAUGACUCUACUAUCUCCCCUUGUUUGUUUGUUGGAACUAGUCUGGGAAUGGUGUUAAUCAUCUCCCUAAACCUACCUUCAGCAGAUGAACAAAGAUUUACAGAGCCAGUCAUGGUAUUGCCAAGUGGUACAUUCCUCUCAUUGAAAGGAGCUGUCCUAACAUUCUCCUGUAUGGACCGAACUGGUGGGUUAAUGCAACCACCAUAUGAAGUUUGGAGAGAUCCAAACAACAUAGAUGAAAAUGAGAAAUCUUGCAGAAGGAAACUGGUCAUGAACUGCCCCUCUCCAUCCCAAGAAAUAGGAGAUCAUCAGUACACAAUAAUCUGCUCAGAGAAACAAGCUAAAGUCUUCUCACUGCCUUCUCAGACUUGCCUCUAUGUUCAUAACAUCACAGAAACAUCUUUUAUACUGCAAGCAGAUGUGGUGGUCAUGUGUAACAGUGCCUGCUUGGCAUGCUUUUGUGCCAAUGGGCAUAUCAUGAUAAUGAGCCUACCUAGUCUUCGCCCAAUGUUAGAUGUGAAUUAUUUGCCACUGACAGACAUGCGGAUAGCACGGACAUUCUGUUUUACCAAUGAAGGACAGGCAUUAUACCUCGUCUCUCCUACUGAAAUUCAGCGGUUAACAUACAGCCAAGAGAUGUGUGAUAAUCUACAGGACAUGCUGGGAGAUUUGUUUACUCCUAUAGAGACACCAGAAGCUCAAAACAGAGGCUUUCUCAAGGGCCUGUUUGGUGGAAGUGGACAAACAUUUGACAGAGAAGAGCUCUUUGGGGAAGCUUCUGCAGGAAAAGCGUCACGCAGCCUCGCACAGCACAUUCCUGGACCAGGUGGUAUAGAAGGGAUGAAAGGCGCUGCCGGAGGGGUGAUGGGAGAGCUGACUCGUGCACGGAUCGCACUUGAUGAGAGAGGGCAGAGGCUAGGAGAGCUGGAAGAGAAAACUGCAGGCAUGAUGACCAGUGCAGAGGCAUUUUCCAAACAUGCACACGAGUUAAUGCUGAAAUAUAAGGAUAAGAAAUGGUACCAAUUCUAA